UUUUGCCUGAAAAUCCACAUUAAAGUGUCUACGGUGAGUUUGGUGUUAUUGGCUUUGGCCGUCCACCCCUGCAUGGACCAGGCUCAUUGAGGAGGCAUGUGGUGCUGCCGUCCCGUUGCCCCAAGGCCGUUGGGCCAGCCCUGAGGGGAACACUGCUGCUCAGGCUCAGUCACCUGGGUGGGUUGAGGAUGCAGCAAGGGAGCUGAGGAGGAGACUCCUGAGCCACAGCCUGACACACACAUCCAGAGCUGCUGCGCACUGCCCACCAUCAGGGGGGACUCUCUAGUUGGCCUGGACCAUGAGCAAUGAGUCUACCGUCUGGAACAACCCACCAAAAAACUUCACAAUCCCAUAUGAUGCCGAGGAGCAGCAGGAUGGAUAUGUGCUCCUCCUGGUGAUCCUUUCCAUCUUCCUGGUAGGAACGCUGAUCUUCAUCUCAGUCCUCCUCAUCACCUGCCGACGCUGCUGUCGCAGAGGGCAAUGCUGUGCCAGGGCCAGCGAUGACCCAGAGAAAACCAACACCACCUACAUGGAGGAGUCUCAGCCCACCCAUGAAAUCACCAUCAGGGUGGAUGAGUCAGACUGCCUGUCAAUGGCCAGCUCUCAUGAUCAGGAGACCGAGCGCUUCCUGUCCACAGGCACCACGGGCCGGCGCGUCUCCUUCAAUGAGGCUGCGCUCUUCGACCACAGCAAAAAGGCCCAGGAGAAGGGCCGCAGGUACACUCUGACUGAAGGCGACUUCCAUCACCUGAAGAACGCCCGGCUUACACACCUCAACAUGCCUCCCCCAGCACUCAAGAUAGUCACCAUCCAUGAGUGUGACUCAGCUGAGAACACUAUCACCAUGACAACACGGCCAGUCGCUAAGUCAGCACUUUCCAUUUUCCAGCCGAUGCUGUGUCCCCUACCGCAAACAGCACUGACCAGCCUGAGCGUCAGUCCCAGUAGUGCUCUUCCCGGAGACACCCUCAACUCUGUGGUGGACACCAGCUUCAGUGAAAACACCAUCACUCUCAGCACCAAGGAGCCCAGCUCCAGCUCAAUCGAGAUGAUGGGAGCAGGGCCCAGGGGCAGAGGCAGCAGCAUCAGUGUUGGGGAGGGGGCCACAGUGGGGACUGGUGCCCCUCCUGCUGGCAGCGGUGUGGGAAGCCAGGGGCCUGUGCUGCAGUUCUUCACUAAACUGCGGCGCCAUGCUAGUCUGGAGGGAGCCAGUCCUUACUUCAAGAUCAAGAAAUGGAAGCUGGACAGCAGCCAGAGAGCCUCAAGUCUGGACACCAGAGGCUCUCCAAAGAGGAGGCAGUUCCAGCGCCAGCGAGCCGCCAGCGAGAGCAUGGACCAGGAUGACAACGAUGCCCAUCACAUAGACCUUAUCCAGUACAUCGCCCGCACCCACGAUGUCACCUACUGUCCCAGCCAGACCAAACGUCUCCUCUCACCUCCUUCCACACCACCCCCCUCCCUCGGCAGGGUAGAGGUAGAGGUGAUGGUGGAGCCCAGCUGCAGCCAUGGUGGACCAGGGGUCAUUGGCCUAUCCCCUGAUCCCCAAGAUGAAGCACUAUCCCUGGCAAGAAGGGAGUGUGCUGACCCUAUGGACACCCUAGAUUCCCAGGACCCCCAAUCACUUUACAGAGACAUCUGGACCCUACGUGCAUCACUGGAGCAGUACGCUGCCUCUGACCAAAGCAGCAACAAUGACAGGAACUCUGUUUGCAGUGAUGCUGAUAGUGUGUGUUCGCUGGGUGGACGCACAGAGACAGAAAGAGGAGGGCUCCCAAGUUAUCCAUCCCAAGAUUUAGGGGAUGAGGCAGAAGGAGAGGAUAGCAAGGACUUUUUGAUGCAUACAGAUGAGAGGUUUGGGAUGAAGGAGGUAAGGAAACGAAAACAGGAAAGCACAGACUCCGAGCGAGGGGCUAGUGAUGGAGAAACAGGGACUCGUAAAUUGCUGCAGAUGGACAGUGGGUAUGCAUCAAUAGAGGCUCCAUGUCGUGGUCCAGAAGAGCUACGACUCUUCGGGAGUGGCAGCAGUAGCCCUAAAGACAGAACAGCUCAUGAAAAGAGGCACCACUUCACCAAUGCAGGGCGGACUGGCACAAUCGGUGAAAGCUUUGAGUCCCAUCUUUUUGAAGAGGAGCCUGAAGAUGACCUCUUGUUGGGCGCCAGUGGAGGAGUUUCCAUAGAAACGGGCACUGGGUCGCUAAGUUGGUUUCCAUACGGUCAGAUGUUCACACCUCGUGAAGCUGCACAGCCGUCACCUCAACUGUCAAGUCUACAUCGACGAGACUACAGUAUAGAUGAAAAAACAGACGCGCUCUUCCAUGAGUUUCUCCGGCACGAUCCUCAGUUUGACCUGCAGGAGUCACCGUUACGAAAGCACCGGUCCCGGAUCCACCUUCGUAAGCAGUGGCAGCGGCACAAGCAGUGGAGUGACCCUGGUGUGAGGCAUUUCCAGUCUUCUUUUGAGAGACAACGAACUCCACUAAGGAGGGGUGAGAGUGUAAAUUACCCACUGGACACAAGCUACCAUAGCACACUACCACGUAUUGUCAGUGCGCCGGAUGAGGAGACGAGCGAUGGAACCAGCAGCACUCCUGAAACUCCAAAGAUAGACACCACAACUACUGAGGAAGGGAGCACUGUUAGAGACCCAGAGGAUCACACUUCCUGUUCUCCCCCACCUCUUCAUCCUUCCAUUUCAGAGAAAGAUGGAGGGCUGGUUGAGCACCCUGACCCUCAAGAAGAAAGCAAGCAGUCCGGGCUCCCUACUGACCCUCAAGAGGAGCACUCGUCCCCUCAGAUGCCUGACUCCUCAGGCUAUGGCCCUCAAACCAUCACAGCAGAGUUCACUGACAAACUGACUGCUAACCUGGAUGAGAGGCUGUACAUGGGCCUUCGCAGGACCAGGGACACAGCUGCUGAGUGUGUGACAGUGACAGCCACACAUGCUUCUCCGGACCACAGCCCAGUGUAGCAGGGCUCCAGUCGUCCUCCUCCAUCGAUGUCACUCCUGCUGACACACACUUCUCUGUCUAGAUGUCUCUGUAUACAACUUGAAUGGUGUGACUCAAACCCAUAAACACCUCGAUAUAUGCCUUGAAUCAGUCCCCUGCUGAAAUUUAGCUUUCUAGAUAAACAGACACAAUCCCAAUAAGUAUUUGUGAGCUACAGUUGACUCACUAGCAGUGCAACCAGACUCAUCUGAUGUGUUUGCAUUAAAAAAGUUCCAGUUUCAUAAUUUUGCCCUUUACUGAAGAUAUAGAUAUAACUGAAAGUAUCAGGCGUAAGGUUGUAGUCAUGUUAGUUUUUCCAUAUCGCUUGUUUGAGUGUCUGUAGUCUAUUUUUAUAUCUUCACCUUUCACUCCUCUUGUUUGUGUUCACCAGUUAGAAUAAGUGAAGUUGAGGGCCGGCGUGGCCUCUGCACUCUUAGAUCCACUGUGAAACCAGGUGCUAAAAGACAAGUAGAAACCUUCAGAUCUUACACAACAGUGAACCACCAGACAUUAGUGGAAAAUAAGUAAUUUUAUCACAAUCUGUGAGCUAAAAGUUGAGUAGAAUUUUAUCAUUAUCAUUUGACAAAGCAGUCUUUUUAUUUAAAAUGGAAGAUAUCCUACUCACUGAAUGUAUGACUGCUCAUGAUCUUUGUUGUUUUGGAUUAAUAGCACCUUUAGCUAUGUGACAAUGUUUAGGGUUGUUUAUAUUUUAGUUCAAUGAGUGGUAAUAUAUUUUUUGUACAUCUGCAUUGCUUAAAUGACAAUGACAAGUGACAGUGUUUCAGGUUUGAAGCAGCUUACAGGACAACAGUCUGAACUAGCCAGACAGACACUAUAUUAUUCUUGUAAAAUGCCUAGUAUGACAAUAAUUUAUGACUCCAUAAGCUAUGACUCUUAGUAUUGUGGGCAUCACUGAUAUGACCUCUGCUCUAACAGGGAGAACAAACUGUUGUUUGUUCAGUUUCAGUGCACAGGUUUACAGCCAUGAGGUGGGCAGUCACAUUAAAGCUAUUAGACAAGAUGGCUGCCUGCACAGACAUUUGGUGUGUGUUGAAUUUACAGGAAAGGCAUGUUUUUUGUGCAUGGGCUCACAGAACAGGCUUUGUUUGUCUGUAUCUGACAUUCUUGUUUUCUCUUCUCUUCCUCUUCUCCUCAUGAGAAAGUUGACAGUGCACUAGAUUCCUCCCUCAGACGCCAAGGACUUAAUUUCCUGCCAGCUUAUAAAACUCAGCAGGACAAAGUUACUUAUUGUUAAAUCAACUUUUAAAUUUUCAUCUAAGUUGGCUUCAUUUGUGCAGUUAAAACAAACCAGAGCUGCCAUUCAAAUUAAACCACAUCAGCAGAUUGUACCCAAUUGAUAAAGAAUGCCAGUAAUGACCAGCCUGUUGCAGAGUUAUUUUGCUCCUGUAACUCCGAUAUUACAUGCUCAGCAGUACAGCAACUUGAUUGUAACCCAGUUUUGCUUUAAGUCUAUUUCUCAAAGGGGCUGUUUGGCAGUAAGGAAAGCCUCUGCAGAACGUGGUGUUGAAUAUUAAUCAGAACAAUAGAAGGGAAGUCCUCCUCUGUCGCUUCUCUCUCAGCCUUUGAGGCUGUUACAUUGCUCUAAGUUAAAGAACUGAAUAGAAAAUUACAACCCUCCUCUUUUUCUUUCUUUAUUUAUUCUCUUUUACUUGUGAUAAUGUUGCUCUUAUGCAGCCUGCCUAGAUUAGAUCUCUCUCUGCAGAGUGACAGAGGUCUCCUCCUCUGGCUAAGCAGAAUCUGAGAUAGACGCUCAUUAAGAGAACAAUGACUAAAGUUGAAUGGAGGUGAACACAGAUUCAUCUAUGGAACAGGCAGGACAAUGAGUUUUUCCCCUCUCCUUUCAUGCAGCACUCACAUCCAGAGCUUGAUUCAUUAUCUCACUAUGAAACAACACAAUGUGCUCUCUUUAACUGUCACAAUUUGCAAUGAAGUGGCGCUCCGUUGUAUGCCGGUGGUAAUCAACAGAAAUGAAACAAAAUAUCAGUAAUACCCCUCUCAGUUACAAUGGAAUUGAUGCGUCUUUGAUCGCAAUUACUUAGCAAAUCCUGACAGUUCUUAUCACAGGCAGAGACACAUGCAUUUCACAAAAAUUAGGAACCAAAAUGUCUCAAUAGCUAAACCCAUAUGAGUGAAUUAGAAAUCAGUGCAUACAUUGUACAAAGCUAAAACAUUGCUGUGUAUACAAGGACAGUGUCACAGGGGCUAGACUAAAUCAAUGUCCCCUAUUAGGUUUAGACAGAUGCUGUGCAACUGGGGACACUGUGGUAAUCAGUGUUUGUGUACUAACCAGUAGCCUGUCAAAUGCAUUGAUGCAUAGCUAUGUGUAGGUCUGCAUGAGAGUAAACAUUUUAGUACAAAUCUUCAUGUUUUCUCAGACUAAUGCUCCAAAAUGGUCAUGUCCAUAGUUAAUGCUCAUUGUUAAAGACAGAAGCUGAACAUUGGUAUAACUAGAGAUUUUGUAUUUUAUGGAAUCCACUUUUAAGAGUCAUGCUAGGAUGCUGUAAAUGAUGAGAUUUUGUGAGGUUUAUCUCUUUGGAAGUAGAAGUAUUUCUGUAUUCCUUGCUUGUUAGUAAAUUGCUUCAUUUCUCAAAGAAAAAAAAGAUGAGCUUUCUAAACAACUUUGCUUUUGUUGAUCCAAAUCUAAUGAGCCUUGAGGGACCAAAUCAUUAAAAAAAAAGUGUUAUUUUAGGAUUGUUUUCAAAUCUGUGAAUAAAUGAAUGAAGCAAAA